AUCGAAGAUCUGUCCAAGGAGAGGCCUUGAGUAUGUAUGGGUCCUCCUGUGUGUUUCUAUAGCCCUCGACACCAGUGUGCAUUUUCGAUUUCGACACCGAAACCGAUGGGAGAUUUUCUUUAUAUUGACGUAAAGCAAGGAUAAGGAAUAAACGCUUCUCUUUUCUCCUCUCUGAGGGCCCGAUUCGUUUUGUGGACUGACUCUCAGAGUAGUAAACUUAUUUCUGCGUUGUAGGACCUUUAGUGCUACCGAAAAAUAUGGAGUUACUCUGCCGCAACGGCGUAGCGGUUCCCGAGGGGGUGCGCGGCGCAUAUCGUCAGAAUCUUGUUCGACGAGUGACACGACCCUGUACGUCUGGAAGCCGCUCCUUGGCACGAAUGCAAUCCUUUCGAUUGCCUCUUGUUCUGGGGCGCCAAUUCCAAGUGCGGCACCACGGAUCUACCAAUGACGAGGCAAUGGCAAUGUUGCCAAAGCUAAAACAGUAUCGCGUUGGCAUUGUUGCCCCACAGCUAACAAUAGCAGCCUGCGUCGCCGCAGAGUUUUUGGGCAGUACUGAUCGCAUCCGAGUGACUUUGUUUUCGAACGAAGUUGGCUUCUUGCAACAAGGCAGGGACAGGGAGCAGGGGGCCGACGACGCAUCAAGCAGGUGCACCGAAGAAGGCGUUUUCACGGUUUCUACGCCAUGGAUUGGCGAGCGUGUUGUAGAUGGUGCGAACACUGAUGCCAGUAGUGUAGCAGCGGGACGAGGAGGGAAGUUGCAACGACCACGCCAUUUCAGCUACGCCUUGCAUGAUUGGGAAGGACGGGGGGUGUAUUGCAAGGACAGCCAAAAAAUCAAAGCAAAGGCACUACUCAACGAAUUUCAAACAUUUUCUUCUGGUGACCGACAAGCAGCAGACGGAGCAGACUCCGAGGAAUCGAAGGUGAAGCAAGUGGUUCAGCUUGAAAAAGCUUUCUCGAAAGGAAUAGCAGGGUCAUUGGAGACGCUCUUAAAAUCCCAACAUCCGUGUGAUUGGCUGAUUUUCGCCGAAAAGGCAGAUGCCGAGUCAUUCCUACUGUAUGGGGCACGUAGGGACGAGGAUCUAGAAGAUCUAGUUGAAAUUGAAAAGAAAUCGGGAGAAAAAGCGAAUGCAGGUCGGGAUGCAAAAGGAAAAGCAAAAGUCGAACAGUUUUCGCUGAACAAAAAUUACGGAUUCGAAGUUCUGCGUAGGCACGUCCCUGCAAUGCAAGAGUCGUCGGUUGAGGAGACGACCACGACAGCGAUGCGUCUUUCACCGAAAUCUACUUCCGGAGUUGCUUUUCUGAAGGAGCUAGAGCCUUCAUCUGACAUCUCCGUGCGCGCGGAAGAUAAAGAAAAAGACGGUUCUGGAACGCUAUUCAGCGACAGCGGGGGCCGUACCGAUGCAAUUGAUGGCCGUGACGAGAAAACCUUGACGGUACAGGAGCUAGAGCACGAAAUACGGGCCGGGCAGGCCUGUGCAAGUUACAUCUGGCUUGCAACUGACGAUCUUCUCCGUGCUGAGGUCCGGAAGGGCGUUGAUGAGGGUACGAUCAAAGAGGACACGCCGUUGCACGCUUCCCAACAAGGGAAGUUUCAACAAGAUGCGAGAACGACAGGUAGAAUUUCGAACCCUAGCUCGUCUUCCGCUGCUGUAAAAGCGGCAGCGUAACAAGAACUCUAGCUGCUUACGUGGAACACACAUAACGUCAUCAACUCAAGUAUCUAGCGCA